AAGACUGAAACCUCAGUCUUUUGAGAAGAGAGGAGCUCUGCUGACAGGUUUUGUUGCUCGGGACGAUGAGAGGUGCACGUUUGCUACACUUGACCCUUCUCGUCAGCAUUGCUCAUGGGAUAGGUCUGGAGGACAAAACGGGGCUAUUAGAUCAUAAAGUUUUAGAUGUGCCAGAGCGUACACCUGUGCCUUAUCCCAUUUACCAGUUUACAUCUGCAUCGGAAGGUGUCUCUUCAUAUCACGUAAGUGGAGAGACUGAAGGAAAGAUCGGUAUCUCUUCAGACGGCUGGCUAUACCUGGAGCAUCCUCUGGAAUGGAGCCCUGAGAAAAACCACCAUCUAGAUAUUGAAGCACGUUCAGCAGAUGGCGAAACUGUUGAUGGGCCUUACUCUGUUGUUUUGCAAGUUGUGGAUGUCAACAACAAUAACCCUGUCUUUAGUGAGAGUCAGUUCAGUGGCAGGGUUAGAGAGCAUUCACCUGCAGGAUUUGCGUUCAUGCAGGUGUUUGCAUCAGAUGCAGAUGAUCCCAACACAGUAAACGCUCAACUGAAAUUCAGCAUUGUGAACCAAAUCCCCAAUCCCGAAAACAUGUUUUACUUUGGCAUAAACCCAGACAAUGGAGAGAUAUUUAUAACAGACCAAGGAGCAGCGUCUCUGAAGGCCAGGCCUGCCGUAACAUACAGCCGCGGGGAGGUCCAUGGCAGUCCUGAUGUCCUGAGGAAGAAGUUUGAGGACUACUGUAUUCCAAAGAACAACAUACCACUAGAGAACAACCCCUUUUACACAUGCGUCGAGCGUGUUGAAAGAAGACAAGUGAAUCUUCUGAUGGAUCCAGACUAUGUACUGAUUGUUCGUGCAGAAGAUUUGGGGGAUCCAAACGCUUUGAGCAGCACGACACGAGUCAACAUAGCUAUCAUUCAAAACCUCUGGGUCAGCCCUGUACCAAUUGCCAUUAGAGAAAAUUUAGACGGGGAAUACCCUAUGUAUCUUACUACAGUGCGCAGCAAUGAUCCCACUGCACUCUACAGGCUGGUACAGAAAGAAAGACUUCCCUUCCCAUUCACCAUCAAUCAAGAUGGAGAGAUCUAUGCUACAGGUCCUCUGGACAGAGAAGAGAAAAAUAUGUACAUAUUGGUGGCCAUGGCAGAAGAUGAACAUGGCGUUGAGCUGGAAAAGCCCUUGGAGAUUGUUGUGCGGGUGGAGGAUGUGAAUGAUAACCCUCCUGUGUGUGAUGAAGGUGCAGUGUUUGAAGUGCAGGAGAAUGAGCCCAUAGGUAAUACGAUUGGUGUUCUGCCUGCUCAUGAUAGUGAUGAAGAGAACACACUGAACUCAUUACUAAACUACACACUCCUGAGCCAGACACCUACCUACCCAUCUGACAAAAUGUUCACCAUCGACCAAGUAAAUGGUGAAAUCAAAGUAGCCAAUCAAAACUUUCAAAGGAAAAAGGUGCCUCAGUAUGAGCUCACCUUUAGAGUGGCUGAUCAAGUUUACAUUGCGGAAUGUAAAGUGAUCAUCAAGGUCAUCGACAUCAAUAAUGAAAUCCCUGUCUUCGAGAAAAAAGAUUAUGGGACCUACAGAGUUCCUGAACUGGCUGAAGUGGGCACCACUUUGCUCAUUAUCAAAGCCACAGAUGCAGAUGACCCAGGAACAGGAAGCUCUAGGGUGGAGUAUCAUAUCUCCGCUGGAGACCCACAUAACCUCUUAGCCAUUGAGGUUGAUGAAGCCACAGGAGCGGGCAGAGUCUACAUCGCUCGGCCACUGGAUUACGAGCUCCAGAGCGUCUACAACCUUCAGAUUGAUGCCCGUAAUCCCGAGCCCCUGAUCGAAGGAUUGAAAUAUGAUGAAAAUGCCACAGCAGUUGUUGUCAUUCAGCUAGUGGACGUGGACGAGCCUCCAGAAUUUGAAGUGGACACUCUUGAUGUCAAUGUCCCAGAAAACAUCACGAUUGGAACCGUAAUAAUGAAAGCUGAAGCCAAGGAUCCAGAGGGAAAGACUAUCAAGUUAAAGAUGGAAGGAGAUGAACAUAAUUGGUUUGAGCUGGACGCUGACUCCGGUGAACUGAAGACUAAAGCUGCUCUGGACAGAGAGACGGUGGAGCAGAUCUCUCUCACAGUCAUCGCUUAUGAGACAGAGGGAGACAAGCAGGAGGGUGAGAUGAAGGUGAAUAUUCAUCUGCUGGAUGUGAACGACAACUACCCCAAACUUCAGUGGAAACAGAACUUCAUCUGCAUGCAGGACAUGACCCCCUUGACACUCACUGCUAUAGAUAAGGAUAGCGACCCCUAUGGAGAGCCGUUUACCUUCUCAAUUAACCGCAAGUCACCAAACUUUGAGAUCAAACCUGUGGAUGGAACCUCAGCGAAGCUGAUUCUGAAGAAGAAGCCCUCAAGUGAUCAGAACGUCAGUGUUCCCAUCAACAUCAAAGACAAUGCUGGGAUGGGUAUCACUCAAAAGUUUGAUGUGCGUAUAUGUAACUGCACUAAAUUGGGCUACUGUUACAUGGAGCCAGAAGCUCACAGCUGGAAGCUGAGCAUGGGCAGCACCAUCGGCAUACUGGCAGGAAUAUUCGGCUUUAUCAUUCUGUCCAUGGUCAUUGUUAUGUACCGAAUCAAGAAGAAGGAUCAGACGAGAGCAGCAGAUGGUGGAGAGACUAAAGCAAUGCUCUAGAGUUGAGACGACAUGCCAACUACAAACAUCAUUCAGUACAACCCAGGCAAACUGACAUCCAUGACCCUCAACACACACACACACCUUUAUUUUGAAUGAUAAGUGGUUUAUUAUCAUUAAAUAUGCAUGUUUUUUUGAUUUGCAUCAUCUGACAGUUUUAACAGUAACUUAUUUGCCAUGUGGCCUGGCAGUUGUAUUAAUUAUUUUAUAUUUAAAAGCUAUAAAUAUUUGACCUAAAUUUAGAUAUUUUAUUUUUCCCCGUUUAUAUAGUAGAUAUAUAUUUUCACCUAGUGUUUAAAGGGAACACAAAACCAGGUGUAUUCUGGGAAUUUGUGGUAUAUUUUUUGGUACUGUAGAGUACUUUGAGACACGAGUAUAUGUUGUCAUAUUUCAUAUGGAUUAAACCUAUAAAAACCUAAUUCUUAUAUUUAUUCCCCGUUAUCCAAGAAUCAGCUAAAAUAUGUUAAAAUCUUUCCAUGUCAUAGAUAUUUUUGUUUUUGACUUUUCUUCUAAAGCAUGUUUUUGUGCAGGUCAAAGGUCAGGUUCUGCAGUGUAAUUCCAUUAUUGAAGAAGGUAUAGAAAUCACAGAAUGGCAACAUUUUUGCUUGUUUGCAUAUUUGACUGAAAAAACGAUAUUGUUCAUUCUGUAAAUAAAGUAAUACUUUGA